AUGAUCCUAAUGAAAUUGCUAUUGAAUUUAAUUCAAAUAUGUAGAAAUAAAAUACAAUGGAAUAAUUUACAUAAACUCUAAACAAUAUUCAUUUAUUAGCUAAGAGGAAUAUUUAAAUUAUAGUAGAAUAAUGCAAAUUUAUUGGCACUACAAAUACUUAAUUUUGGUUAGACUGAUCAUACUUUGACAAUUAUUUUUGAGAGAUUAAGAAAUACAUCUAUAAUAAUAGCUCUGAUAAUAAAAUAUAAAUAACCAAAAAAAAACCUACCUUAAAAAAUUUAAUAGUUUGGAUAAACAAUUUAUGAUAUAAAUUUUUUAAACAUAAUUAGAAUUUUACUAUAUUCAAAAAGUUAAUAAUAUGGUGUGAUGAAAAUUUGA